AUGUCCGUUACCCAUCAACCCCCCAAGCGUUACAAGUGCAAAGUGGCUGAACCUCGCCCAAUCCCAGUGCCUAACAAUGAGCAGCUGGAAGAGCUGACCCGGCUGCGUAUUCGAGCCACUCAGCGUGGCCAGCGCAGUGAAUGGAUUGAUGAGACAUUCGCUGGUGCAAUCAACCAUGUCGAAGCGGCCAUGGCGGGCAUUGAAACCUGCUACCAGAUGCUAGUGGGAACUAAGGAUAGACUUAUCCGUUUACGUCGCCAACUCCUUCGUCAAUUGGCCAGUGAAGAAGAGGAGGAUGAACGCUUGGAACGCGAAUUGUGGGAAAAUGUUUGUUAG